GACGAUAAAGUUUGUUUUCCUCUCAAACUCGUUUAUUAAGUUCUUAUCUUUAAAAUGUUUUCUUGUGAUGUAAUUUGUUUCAUCCUUUAAGCUGCUAAGUCUUAAAGGCAUUUGUCAGGGGGAAAAAAUCUUCUUUAUUUGAAAUGUUUCCUUACUUAUGAAUCGCAAAAUUUUGUAGCGAUGGAGAAAGUGCAAGAUAAUACCAAACGUCUUGCGAAAUGGUAUUUUGGAGGAAUAGCAAGCGCAGGAGCAGCAAGUUGCACACAUCCUUUAGAUUUAUUAAAAGUACAUCUCCAAACACAGCAGGUUGAAAAAGUGGGCAUUGUGAAAAAUACAGCUAAUAUCAUAAAAAAACAAGGUGUACUUGCUCUUUAUAAUGGCCUUACUGCUGCACUUUUACGUCAGUUAACUUAUUCUACUACAAGGUUUGGUAUCUAUGAAACUGUAAAACAAUACACAGUUAAACCAGGUGAAAACAUGCCUUUCUAUAAAAAAGUAUUACUUGCAACAAUAGCUGGUGCUACUGGAGGUUUUGUUGGCACACCUGCUGAUAUGGUUAAUGUAAGAAUGCAGAAUGAUAUAAAGUUGCCAAUUGACCAAAGAAGAAACUAUAAACACGCACUAGAUGGCCUUAUUCAAGUGUACUUCAGAGAAGGAAUUAGAAAAUUAUUUUCUGGUGCUUUAACAGCUACACCCAGAGCUGCUCUUAUGACAGUAGGACAGAUCUCAUUUUAUGAACAGAUAAAGCAAACAUUACUAACUACAGCAUAUUUUUCUGACAAUCUGAUCACUCAUUUUAGUGCUAGCAUAAUGGCUGGUGCAAUAGCAACAACAAUGACUCAACCCUUAGAUGUUUUAAAAACACGUACCAUGAAUGCCAAGCCUGGUGAAUAUAAGAAUUUACUUCAUUGCAUAACAGUUACUGCAAAAUUAGGCCCACUUGGUUUUUUUAAAGGAUAUGUUCCAGCUUUUAUUAGACUCACACCUCAAACAAUAUUAACAUUUAUCUUCUUUGAGCAGCUGAGAUUGAACUUUGGAAACUUUCCUGCUGUAGACUAGAAAUAAUAUUUGAAAAUAAAGAAUUAGAUGAGUGUGCGCUAAGAAUGUUAGCAUUUCCAGAAUCUUACAAUCGAAGGAGUUGGAAUAGUAGAAUAUGUGUUAUAUUGAAUACAAGUAUGCUGUUGCUACAUGUUUAUGCUUUUCACAAAGCUUUCAUUAUGGGGCUUCCACUUAAAAGAACAAAAAUACAUACAACUUUUUUUGCUACUAUUGCCAUCAAUUUUAGUAUAGAAGUAUUUUUAAGGAAUUUUAUAUUGUCUUUUAUUGUAAUAAGCCUGUUGACUAUUUCUUCAAAUGAAAUUUUUAGUGGCAUUUGAGAGGGUUAAAAGUCGGAAUAUAAAAUUCAACUUUUUGUUUAUGUUAGUUGAAGUUGAUUGCGGAACUGAAAUUUUAUAACUUUAUUUCUUUGUCAGUAAAAGCAUAUUGAUCUCAGUUGAAUAAUGUAACAUUGGGAUUAUAUUGAUUUAUGGUCAAAUGAUAUCUAGUACUUCCAUUGUUCGAUAUUCAUUAUGUUAACUGCUUUGUAGUAACAUGCACUUUAUGAAAAUAUUAGUGAGUUUUUGCUGCUCAAAGUUUCAUUGUCGUUAUUUGCAAAUGUAAAUGAUAAAAGCAAUUUUCCCAGUGCCUUUUUCUAUCAUUUUAUCCUUAUACUUAAAAACUCAACAUUCCAUGAGAAUGCAUAAAUUAUAUAAGAAAUGGUAAUAGUUAAAUCUAAUGGUCCCCUGCUGUAAUGGAAAUAAAUCAGUUUUUUAAGAUUUAGAAAAAGUUAGAGUGGAAAUCUUAGAAUGUCAGACCAUAAGUUUUAAUAAAAAUAUAAUUCUUGUAUGAAGUAUUGAAUAUUGAUGUUGAUUGAAAUUAUUAUAAAAUAUAUAUUCUAGCAAAUAUUUUAUUACAGUAGAACCUCGGAAUAGCGAACAGUCACAGGAUCAGAAGUUUUGUCAGUUAUUGGGACUUGUCCUCUAUUAAAGAGGAUUACUUAAUGAUGAUUUUUCUAUCUGAACUUAUUGAAAUCCAUUUAAUGAAGAAAAAAAAUGUGACAUGUAAAUUAAAAUAUUCUGUUAUCACCAUGCUCUAAGAAACUUAUAAUAACUGUGCACUAUUUACUACAUUGCAUUUUAAAUGUAUAACUAAUCAUUUUGUUCUGCGUAAAAUAAAGAUAACGUACGCUAGAAACCAAUUUAAAGAAUUAAAGCAUUGGUUCAAAAAAUUUUCCUUCUCUUUUACAUGUAAAGUCGAUACAAAACCUGAAUGCAAAUAUUGAAAUUGUAUUGCUUGCUGUUACAUCCCUCUCAAAGUCACCUAUCUUCAUAUAUUAACAGAAGGACAGAAAAUUUUAGCUUUUCACUGCAAGUGUUUCGAAUAGUCACUAAUUUUCCAGGCAUCUUUUCCAAUUUCGGGUACCCCAUUCCAUUCUCAUUAUUUUCCUUACGAGCAAACUGCUCAGUUGCAUUUCAAGGAAUAAAACUUGUAACAUCCAAACGAAACCCACAUUUUCCUAUAGUUUGCCGCUUGUCUCUGUGCUUUAAAAGUUCUGAAAUUUUUUGGCAUACAAUGCAUUCUGAUCUUUUCUUUUUCAUCAUCUCCCAGAACAUUAAUUUAUCACUCCUUUGAAAUGCCAUUUUAUUUGCACUGUCACACUACACUCAGUCGACUCACUUGUAUAUAAGAUACGUCAGGGUUGAUACUUUUACACUGAACCACUGCAGUGGGAAGACAUCUCAAAAUGGAUUGGAUUAGAGAAAUAUAUUGAAUGGGGGAUAUCAAAAUUUGUCAAAGAGAGAAACCUCUUUGUUCAAGUAACUGUCCGUUAUACAGAGUGACCUCCAUUCAGAGUGAGGUAUAUGAAACGACCACCCAAAUUAAGGGACUGGGACUCAAAAAAAUGUCCAUAAACUAAACGUAUCUACUAUUUUUGAGUGUCUGUUAAAGAAAGGUUAUACUGCACUACCAGUCUAUCUUCCGAUUACUUUCAUUGUUACAUUAUCAAUGAAUAUAGAUAUGUAUGUGUUCUACUAAAAACUAACUCACUUCAUGUUAUAAUAAGUGAGAAAAUCUAUAAUUAAAUGCACAAUAGCAAUAAAAUGGCUGUCAGUUAUUUUGGGGUUGCUUUUAUCACUGCACAACAAGAUGUGAGCUUAAGAAUAAAAUUCAUAUGCAUUUAGAAAUUAUGUUUCAUGUAACCCCAUUCCAUGUGUCUGAUUUAGUCGCUGGUUGAGUGAUUGAUAAUGGUUAUUUUGUCAGUUAAUUGCUUCUGCGCAAAGCUAAACUAUUUUCUUCUCAUCCAUGCUUAUUUAAUUUGCAUUAGCACUUUGUUUCUAUUCCGUUACAAAUCCACCGGUGGUUUCUAGUCAUUGACUUCUUAUUUACGUUAGGUGUUGAGUAUAUCUGUAACUAUGUUUAAAGUCUCCAUUUUACUUAUUUUUGCGUCUUUUCUUAUAGGGUUAAUUUUAAAAUCAAAACACUGAAGGGGAACCAUGAUUUUAAAUAAAGAAAACAAUUUAAAUUAUGAAUUUUGAUGUCAUUUUUAAUGGUUCCAUUCAUUAUUUUUAUAACUUAAUGUUGCUCACUUAAGAUUCCAUCGGUGCUGAAAUGUGCAUCUGUGAAUGUUGCAUGUUUCUUCAUCAUUGUGUUUGUGAUUUAGUUAUUAUGAUGUUUUUAAUUGCAUCAGUAUUUCCUUGGUACAUAUCAGUUUAUUGUUUUAAAUUUCAUUUUCUAAUAAAAUGGGUUAUGUAUUGUUUAUACAUCUUUUAUGAAAUUCAAAUUUAUAUCCUGUAAAAUUAUAUACAGAGGUUGACUAUGUUAAAGUUUAUGCACAAUUCUUAUACUUUUGCUUUGUUUUGAGACGUAAGUAGUUUUUUGAUAAUUUUUCACUCAAUUCAUAUUUUAUCAUUAAAAAUUUGAAACAUUAAUUUCAGAUUUAUUAUAAGGAUCAUCCUAUGGCAAUAAAUGCAAUAAAACAAAAAGCAAUAUAUGUUAAACAGGAAUACUCUUAUGCUGCUUUAAUUCCGAAGGUAUUUUGUAUGAACACUUUGAUAUUUUUAAUUUCCUCAAAGUGAAAUUAUUUUUUAGUUUUUGAAUGACAUGUUUAUAGACUUUUAUGAAAUACAUGAACAUGCAUGUGAACAUACUUUUAUUUAAUGUUUAAAAACAUUUGAGUAACUUUUUAAAGCAUGUAUAGCAGUAAUAAUACUGCUAAAACUUAGUAAAUGAACAUUUUAUUUAGAUACUAAUUUUUGUAACUAUUUAUUGAUUGUUAAAUUUUGUAAUUGUCUAUUGUGCUAAAU